AUGAACAAGCAUCAACCACUCGAACUCAGCUUCACCGGCAAGCCAUCCAAGGACCGUUCUGGACCACCCAAAGCGUUCGAGAAUCCAGACAACAUCGCAGCUGCCAACCCCCAGAGUCCGCGUCUGCCCCUCUGCCUUCUGGAGUAUGGAGUCGGUCGUCUGGAUGCGGCAAGAUGCGGGUUUCAAUUUGCACUUGCGCAGCCCGGCGAAUUCCCGCAACCUACGAAACAGUUGACUGUUUCCCGAUUCGCCCCUCCACAGCAAGCACGCCUGUAUGUCAUCGAGAUCCCCGAUGAACGAGCCACUGGGAACAAUCACAACACGAUGCGGAAGAAGGCCCGUCUCCUUCCCUUCCAUUUACUGCGAAAAGACCGAUGCGUUUCCCAACAGAGCAAGUACUUUCUCACGGGAGAGUAUCAGGCGCAUCUGCUCGUACCGUCUUACCUCGCCAUCAAUUCGGUUGACAGAAUUCGUGCACGACAACAUGCGGAAUUUUCGCUGGGCCGCGUUGCACAUCGUAUCCACUCUCGUUCAGAUCUUCGCCUACGUACACCAGCUUUUGAUCUCGUGCCCCUCGUCGCGACGUUUGCCUCCUCCCGGUUUGCUUAUACCGUGUCUCCAUUGUCCGACUUCCCGAAUCCGAAAACAUCCCACGGAAACUACGUCACAGCAACGACAUCGCCAAAAUCACAUCGGUAG